UAAAUAUUUUUGUAAAAUAUAUUAUAAACCGAGGACUUUCUUUCUUGAGUUAGUGCACUUUAAUAUUUGACUUUUGAAUCGGCGCACGAUUUAGUCAUAAUUGUUUGAUUGUUUUAAUUUUUCCUGAUUUUAUUUGCCGACAAAGCUAAUUUAAAUUGACCUUUAUUUUCACUGAAUCUCAACAAGCUUCUAACAAAUGUAUCAAAGUACACAGAAAUCGAGCUGAGAAAUAUUUUCUGCGAUAUGGAAAGGAUGAGUUAGAGUAAAAAUGGUGUCGGAACAAGGCAAUGAAAGCGGUGAAGAAACCCAAGAAAAACCGGAAGGACUAUCAGCUAAUAAUUUAUCCAGUAACGAAUCGUCUUGCUCAGCUGAAAAUUCAGAAGAUAAUGCUUUCGGUACAGAUCUCAGGUCUUUGCAUCCGUCAGGCAGCAAAAAUGAGAUUUCCCCCAAUAAUAUAUCCACAUCGGUAACAGAAAGCUCAGAAAAUGGAGAUUUUCCAAUCCAGGAAGUGAUUUUUGACUCAGCAGAUUCUUCACAAACCUCGCAAAAUCAAGAUGCCAAUUCGUCCUCACAAAUUCUACCUCCGUCCAGAGAAAUUUUAGACACAUCGCAAACGAGUUCUCAGUUUGUUUUACAGCCUCACGCGAGUUUGGGAAGAAGGCAGAAGUUUUUAUUGCCCGAGGCAAAUUUAAAUUGUCCGGAAGAACCCUCGAAAGAUUCUACGCGGAAUAUAAAUAGUGGAUGUUCCAGUUCUAGUGUUUUUCAAGAACCGCAAGGGGGAGAUUAUGACAGUUUGGACGGAGCAGUUUCUCUACCUUUAAAUUCGCCGGUUGUUCCGAAAUUGAGAGAGAAUAUUUUGACUGUAGAUUGCAAAAAGCCGUUUAAAUUACCAAGCUUAGUGAAUUUAUUUGAGGCAGCUGAAGCUCAGCGAGUUGAGCUGGAAGAAAAUGCAAGAGCUCUUUCGGACUUUUCUUUAGAAGUGCGUUCAUCUAAUAGUAGCGAUGGAUGUAACUCUGACACUGAAUCUCAACAAGUUUCUAAUAAAUGUGUCAGAAGUACAAAGAAAUCUGAUGAUAUUAACGGAGUUGUAACAAGGGAAGGUGUGGAGUAUUAUCAACUGUGGCGAAGUACAGGGGGUCGUUCCUCGCCAGAAUCACUCUAUGAGACCUUAUACCCACAUCCUCCACCGUUACCCCCUAGAUCGGCACAUAAGCCUCUACACCGAACUAAUGCAAUAUCGCCUGUACCACCAGAAUUACCUAAAAAACAUACUCUUAAAUUCUCGGCUCCAGUACAUCCCGAAGAUUGUUUCGGAUUUGAAAUUGUAGAUGUCGAUGAAGCUCCUAAUCUUAAAACGCGAACAGCUGUUACCAAAAGUAUAGCACUUUUAAGUUCUCCCAGACCACAUAGGCCAUUGACGAGGCCAGAGGCAGGAGCAAGCUGUCAAGCUGAAUGUCCACCUACUCCCACACAUCGUCCUAAACCUUUGCGUCCAUUACCAAUUUGUCCAUCUCCAAGCUCUUCGUUGACAUCUGAAGAACCUUUACCGUCAUCUUGGGAAGCCCGCAUCGAUAGUCACGGUCGGGUAUUUUACAUAGACCAUAUUAAUCGUACAACAACCUGGCAACGGCCAGGGCUGACUAGUCGAAACACAGGCUGCGAUUUACGCCGCCAGCAACUUGAUCGACGAUAUCAAAGUGUCCGUCGGACUAUUUCGCGUCCAGAUAGUAUAGAUCGGGAACCUGUAUCUUGGAAUAUUAAUCCUAGUCUGGCUGAGGGCAGCACUGAGAGACCAAGUGAAAGAAAUGCCGACAGAAUUGAAAGAAACGGCGAUAGAAUUGAAAGAAACGGCGACAGGAUUGAAAGAAACGCUGAUAGGAUUGAAAGAAAUGCCGACAGAAGUGAAUCCGAGUCUUUUGACAUUACCAAAACACCUGCCGUCUCAUUUUUGACAAGACCGGACUUUUUUACUAUACUGCACACCAAUGUUGAUGCUAUGGAACUGUAUAAUCGAAAUUCAAGUUUAAAGCAUAUGAUUAGUAGAAUCAGACGAGAUUCUGUGGUAUUUCCAAGGUACGAGCAUAAUCGGGAUUUGGUGGCAUUAAUCAACUUGUUCUCUGAACCAAAUAAAGAAUUGCCAGUGGGUUAUGAGUCCAAGCUCGAUCGAAAUGGCAAAAGAUUUUUCAUUAAUCAUACGAGAAAGACAACAUCUUUUAUUGACCCACGACUACCAACAGAAGCAAUAUAUCCAAGAACAAUGCUCGAUGAAGCCCCAGUUCCUCCACCAAGGCCACAACAGUCAGCAGUUGCUGCAGCCGCAGCAGUUGCACCCGAUAUUCCAAUAGCCUAUAAUGACAAGGUUGUUGCCUUUUUACGUCAACCAAACAUAAUGGAUAUUUUAAAGGAACGACACUCGGCUUUGGGUCAAAAUGUUGCACUGAGAGAAAAAAUUAAUGCCAUCAGGGUAGAAGGAAGUACGGCUUUGCAACGGUUAGGACAUGACGUGCCGUUAGCACUCCUCUUAAGUUUGUUUGAGCAAGAAAUUAUGUCGUAUAUUCCGGGAAAUGUUGGAAGAUCUCCACUCAAUAGCCCACAUGCAUCUCCUGGAUUAGCGCGAGCUUCAGCAAGAGCACCAGCUCCUUAUCGAAGGGACUUUGAAGCAAAACUGAGGACCUUUUACAGAAAGCUUGAAAGUAAGGGCUACGGACAAGGUCCCGGAAAAUUAAAGUUACACAUCAGAAGAGAGCACUUGUUGGAAGAUGCAUUUACUCAUAUAAUGGCAGUGUCCAAGAAAGACUUACAAAAAGGUAAACUGGUCGUGAUUUUCGAUCGCGAAGAAGGCUUAGAUUAUGGAGGACCAUCCAGAGAAUUCUUUUUCCAUUUAUCGCGCGAACUCUUCAAUCCCUAUUAUGGUUUAUUUGAGUACUCAGCCAAUGACACCUACACUGUUCAAGUAUCACCAAUGUCCGCUUUCGUAGAUAAUUAUCAUGACUGGUUCCGAUUCUCGGGACGAGUUUUGGGAUUGGCACUCGUCCAUCAAUAUUUACUUGAUGCCUUUUUCACCCGGCCAUUUUACAAAGCUCUUCUCCGAAUACCAGCAAGUUUGAGCGAUUUAGAGAGCUUGGAUCAAGAGUUUCAUCAAAGCUUGCUGUGGAUUAAAGAGCGAGACAUCAGUAUAGAGCCGCUUGAGCUGACCUUCUCCGUGACGGAGGAAUUGCUGGGCAGAGUGGCAGAACGCGAAUUGAAACCUGGUGGCCGAAAUAUUGCAGUUACUGAAAAAAAUAAAAAGGAGUACUUGGAACGUGUUCUACGAUGGCGCUUGGAACGAGGAGUUGCAGAACAGACUGAGUCGUUGGUUCGAGGUUUCUAUGAAGUGGUCGAUCCUCGACUAGUUUCCGUCUUUGAUGCUCGCGAAUUGGAAUUGGUGAUUGCUGGUGCGGCGGAAAUCGAUUUGAAUGAUUGGAGAGCUCACACGGAAUACAGAAGCGGAUAUCACGAUGCACAUCCGGUGGUUGAAUGGUUCUGGAGUAGUAUCAGUCGUUUCACGAAUGAACAGAGAUUAAGACUGUUGCAGUUUGUCACUGGGACUUCAAGUAUACCCUAUGAAGGAUUUGCGGCGUUACGUGGGUCUACAGGACCCAGAAAAUUCUGCAUUGAAAAGUGGGGCCGACCAAACAGUUUGCCAAGGGCACACACGUGCUUCAAUAGGCUGGAUCUUCCGCCAUAUCCUACUCCAGAAAUUUUAUACGAAAAAUUAUUAUUGGCUGUCGAGGAAACUAACACCUUUGGAAUUGAGUAAGGUUUUGGGAACUAUUGAUUUGAUGUUGCCAUAUUACAGUGAUAAACCGCAACAAAUUUCAAAUCUUAGAUAUUUGCUAACUAGCAUUUUUUUACACGACUGCAUUUUAGAACAAAAAAAAACAAACAAACAAACAUAAAGAUCAAAAUGUAAAUAGUUGAAGGAAAUGUUUUUAAAUUACGGGUUAAAUAUUCUGCACGUAUUGUACAAAGCUGGUAGAUUAUGAAAAGAUAUAUCAACGACACUCAAUUGUGUCCUAUGGGAUCGGUGCAAAUAAUAAAAGCAAG